GCUGUUUUUGCGAAAUGCUCUCCGUUUGUUUGUUAAUUUGUUGCCUCUGGUGGAGCUGUGUCUACUCGUCUGAGCCAGCACCUGUGGAUUGUGGGACAACUGUGAACCUUACCAGUGUCAAUAACAGCAUCAUCUAUGUGAAUGCCUCCCUGGAUACAGUAUGCUUUGAAUGUGACUACACACCAAUUUUCACUUUCAUUCAUGAGGUGGUGUUCGGGGUGAAUGGCACAAUUGUUACUCCAAACAGCACUCUGGGAAGAGUGGUGAAGAAAUAUACACAUGAUUAUUCAGAUACACUGGUAGUGAAUGACAGUGGCAGUGUGUUCAGUACAUUCUGGGAUACAAACAUACAAUGCUGUGAGAAACGUUUAUGCGAUGGGACUUAUUUCGUGGCAAAAGUAGGAGUUUUGCUCUUUAAAGUUUUCAGCCCUCCAUCUAUUAUGGGGGAAACAGAAGUUACUGAAGGAAGUCCACUACAUCUAUUGUGUGAUGGGUCAAACUCAGACCCUCAACCAACUUUACAAUGGAUCUCUCCUGAUGGGAAGAUGGUCAGUGAGAGUGGAGAACUUGAGUUAGUGAAUACCACCAGGAAUAUGACUGGGAUAUACACCUGUGUAGCUACUCUCCCUCGCUCUCCCGCUACUAUGAUCUCCACUGUCGAUAUUAAGAUAACUCUGCCAAUUGACUGUCCAACAUUUAAUUCUACGGAUACCAUGAUAGUCAACAUGAGCUCCACUGCAGUGGGCAGUACUGCUACCUAUCAGUGUAGAGAUGGUCCUACUGAUGUGUACACUACUCAGUGUACCAGUACUGGGGUAUGGGACCCUCACCCUCUCUCUACUCUGGACUGUGAAACAGGUGCUGGAGGCAUUGGGACUAUUACCAUCAGAUGGCGGAGUUAAUAUGCAUUCACUCUGUUCUGUCCCUUAUGGACAAGUUUUAGUUGUAUAAAAGUGCCUGGAUUUCUUUCUCUGCUCCGCUAUAGGACAAAUGCCAAGGGUGAAAGACGAUGGUGCAAGGUCGUCAGUACCAGAGGAGGUCAUUGUACCAGUUGCUGUUGCUGUCAUUUGCAUUGCUGGCAUUUUGAUAGCGGUGCCUGUAAUAGCAGUGGUGUGUGUGUUGAGAAGGAGACAAACAAAAUCAAAUAAGAAUAAACAAAACAGAGCACUAGGAGAGCAUGUAAUUACCUUUGCCCACUACUCUUCCUGCAAUGAUAAUGAGGAGGGUAACCCUGACCCAACAAGCACUACAUUCACUGGCCAUGAGGCAGCGCUGAAUGAACUGUACUCAAUACCAAGAUCAGUACUAGCGACGGCAGAGACCAUUAACGUGUCCACUGUGGCCAGUACCGAACCGGAACAGACAAAAGAAGACCAAUCCACAGUGGUACAGCCAGGUGGAGUGGUCCGGGAGCAGGAAAAUAAGAAAACAGUGCAAAAUCCAGCAUAUGGAGAGGUGCGGAUGACAGCAGGGCAGCUCAGUGGAGGGAUUUCUGUGGUCCAGACAAGAUAUGAGCCAGACACUGCAGACAACCCCCCAGCAACCCACAGGAGACUUGUUCAAGAAGAUGGUGGAGGAAUAUUUGGCACAUUCCGUGAGCCAACACAGCCAGCUCCUGCCCCUCCACAGCCUGUUGUUGUCAGUGUCGAGAAUGUGAAAUAUGCUCAGCUGGGCAUAAUAUCCAAGAUUGAUGCCCGUCUGAAGCAGUCUGAAAUGGAUAUCGUCCAGUAUGCCUCUCUGGACCACGAUGCUGUAGUGACUCCACCACCACCUGACACCUUUGUGUGUCUGGACCAGAUCCUCAUUCAGUUGAGGGAAGUCACUCCUCACUGGAGGAAACUGGGAGAGGCAGUUGGUGUACACAGGCUGGACGAAAUUCUUCAAUACGUGGGUAGUGAGAGUGAGAGUGACGCAAUGAUAGAGGUGGUGGAUGGAUGGCUGGCCAACCUCCACCCCAACAAGCCCACGUGGAGGGAUAUAGCUGAUGUGGUGGACAGCAUUGGUCAUCAUGACCUGGCUCACUCCCUCAGACAGGUCUACAUCUCAGGUCAGCUCCCUAUAAUGGUCUCGAAUGCCAUAUCCGAGAGAGUAUUCCAAACGGUUCCCCCACCUGUCAUCCCCCCUCGUAAACCCACUAACAAAGCUGACAAUCACUCCCAUGAAGUUCUGUGAAACUAUAAUUAGAGAGACAAUAGAAGCAUUAUUAGGCUAGCAUGAUAACUCCUGUUGCUCACACUCAAACAAUGUGAUUUUCACCCAUAUUACACCAGAACGAGUGUAAUUAU